GUCUGUGUGUCUGUGUGUCUGUGUGCGUUUGGUUACGAAACCAUGACGUGUUUUUUUCACACUCAGAAUUUACAUUUCCACAGUGAAAUUUCUGGUCCUUAAGCCUCUUUGAAACUGUUUUUGGCUGCUAAGUUGGCACAAUGGGUGACUUUGAGAAGACCCUGCGCCAGGACAUGGUUUCUCAGCUGCAUGACUUCGCUGCUGCUGGAGACACAGCCAGGCUGAAGGCUCUGCUCAGGCGCUCCCCGUCACUGCUCAAUGCGUCCGCAGGGAACGGCUGGACAGCCCUCAUGUACGGUGCCAGAAAUGGACACCUUGAGGUUGUGCAGGUUCUUCUUCAAGAAGGGUGUGACCAAUCCAUCAUUAAUAAAUCACAGCAGACAGCUCUGGACAUUGCUAAAUUUUGGGGAUACAAACACAUAGCUAAUUUGUUGGCUAAUGUGAAAGGUGGUCAGAAACCUAGUUUUUUGUCAAAUUAUGUGGAAGAAUAUGAAAAUUAUUUUGGCACGACGCUUCUGGACAGAAGGAGUAAUAAAAGAACAGAUUCCAAGUGGCUAAGUGAAAAACAAAGCCAUCCAGCUACAGUAUACAUCCUCUUCUCAGAUCUAAGUCCCUUGGUUACUUUGGGUGAGGGAAGAGAGAGCUCACAGCAACCAGAAGUAAAGCUUUGCAGGCUGCACCACAAGGAUGUGGAAGAGUGCAUGAACCAAACCGAAGAAUGUACCUUGGUUUUUCUUGGAGUUGAACUUCAGUAUGAUGAGAACCUGAUGGCUGCUUGCAGUGGAAGAGGUCUGCAAGAAGAAGAUGGGUUAGUUGCUUGGUUUGCUCUUAGCAUAGGUUCUGCUUCUGCUGAAAAAUUUAAACAGAAGCAUGAGGACUGUUACUUUCUUCAUCCGCCAAUGCCAGCAUUACUGCAGUUACCUGAAAAAGAAGCUGGAGUAGUAGCCCAGGCAAGAUCUGUUCUAGCAUGGCACAGCCGCUACCGAUUCUGCCCAACAUGCGGGAGUGCAACCAAGAUUGAAGAAGGGGGUUACAAGAAAACUUGCUUAAAAGAAGAUUGUCCUAGUCUCCAAGGAGUUCACAACACGUCAUAUCCAAGAGUUGAUCCAGUUGUGAUAAUGCAAGUCAUCCAUCCAGAUGGGAACCACUGUCUUUUAGGUAGGCAGAAGAGGUUUCCCCCAGGAAUGUUUUCCUGCCUUGCUGGAUUUGUAGAACCUGGCGAAACCAUAGGAGAUGCUGUUAGAAGAGAAGUAGAGGAGGAGACUGGAGUCAAAGUUUCCCAUGUUCAGUACGUCUCUUGUCAGCCGUGGCCAAUGCCCUCCUCCCUAAUGAUUGGCUGCUUAGCUGUUGCAGUGUCUACAGAAAUUGAAGUUGACAAGAAUGAAAUAGAGGAUGCCCGCUGGUUCACUAGAGAACAGGUUGUGGAAGUUCUCAUUAAAGGAAACCAGCAUUCUUUCUUUGUACCACCAAGUCGAGCUAUUGCACACCAGUUGAUAAAACAUUGGAUUGGAAUGAAUGCUAAUCUUUAAUUCAAAUAAUUGAUUUUUAAGUUACUUCUUCUAUUAUGAAUUAUGAAUAAUUAUGAAUAAAUUAGAACUGUUUGUGUAGUGAAUAUGUAA